AUGACUACUUCACCCGUUCACCUAUAUCAUCAUAGUACCAUGCUAAAGACCAAUGUCGACAUGCCCAUUCACCCUUUCGCCAAACCCAUACUGGCCAGCAGUCCGACGGAAUCAACCGUGUCAACACAAGCAUUGAGUCAUCACCGUUUACAUCCGGAAUUUCUCGCCAAGUACACGCUGGGUCAGGAACUCGGCAGUGGCGGAUUUGGAUUUGUCGUCUCGGCUUACGAACAUGCCACGGGAAUCGAACGCGCCGUGAAAUUCAUUUUCCGCAAUAAAGUGCCUUCCAGUGCGUGGGCUGAAGAUCGCGAUAUGGGAUUGAUCCCCAUGGAAAUUUAUAUCCUCAAGCACGUACGACACGAUAAUGUUAUUGGCUUUGUCGAUGCCUAUCAAGAUGAACGAUUCUUUUACCUGGUCAUGGAACUUCACGGUACUCAAUGGACUUCGGCCACGCCUCCUCUGUCAAGCUCCUCCUCGUCGUCGUCUUCCUCGGUUCCUUCUUCCAUACCUUCACCCAUCAUGCACUCUCCCACGUUGUCGCAUACUUCGGAUGAUUCCCAAUCGACUUUUAGUUCCUCUACUUUGGAUGAAGAGCCACAACCACGUACGUUUGUACGUCGAACGUCAUGUGAUUUGUUUGAAUGCAUCGAACAACAUCAGCGGUUUGAUGAAUCGCUGGCGAAGCACAUUUUCCGUCAAAUUGCUCGGUGCGUCGCGCAUUUGGAUAAAUUAGGCAUCUGCCAUCGUGAUAUCAAGGACGAAAAUAUCGUGAUUGACAGCGACUACAAGGUAAAAUUAAUCGAUUUCGGAUCCUCGGUGCUUUUACCCCGACACUACGGUGAGCACAACAAGACGUAUCUGUUCAGCAAAUUUUAUGGUACGAUUUCUUUUGCGUCGCCCGAGAUUCUUCGAUGUGAGCCGUACCGUGCUGAGCCUGCUGAGGUGUGGUCACUGGGCGUGUUGUUGUACACUAUCCUAUUUGGAGAAGUCCCGUUUCACAAUCAGGAGAUGGCCCUCGCUGGUCGAUUUGUCCAACCCAAGAUUGAAGUCUCGUCCAAGUGCAUGCACUUGCUUUCCUGCUUGCUGGAAAAGUCACCUUCAAGACGUCCCACCAUUCAUCAAAUCCUCACUCACAGCUGGUUACGCGAAGACUAA